UUGUAGAUGAGAGUUUGCCAGAUGCUAACUUUAAAGAAGGAGAACGGACAGCCGAUUUUAUGACAGAAGAAUAUAAUGAUAUUUUAAAUCAGUGUGAAAAAUGCAUAGGUUUACGUGGUUUUGAUUCGUCUUAUUUUGUGUCCGUUGAAGAUAAAUUAAUUAUGAAAUAUGAACUUGAAAAGUGGGUGAAAAUUUGCUCAGAAAGCAAUUAUGAACCAUUACAAAUAAUCAGUUUGAAUGAAUUAUGUCCAAUAUAUGAAAUAUUUGAUGAGUCUCUCUGUCAUGAAAUUAAAUCUAUUUUUGAAAUAAAUUGUCAGCCAGAAAGUCUUAACAUAAAAGAAAAGAUACUAUUUUCUGGAAUAAUUCCGGUUAAUGUCCCGCCUUUUCUUAUCGGGUGA